CCUACCGAAAUCUAACCACAGUCUCACAACGUCUAUUUCUUUAUUCCCCUCUAAAUUUGUCUUGUUCAAUCUCCAAAUCAAAGGAAUAAUGGUUUGGAAUCACAGUCCACUUCUCCUUAUUUAAUUCCACACAAACAUACGGCAGCACCCAAACCAUCACAUCGUCUCUCCAAAUCCCUGAAACCUUCUUGAGAAUAUGUUGCUCUCCCACUCCCUAUCCACCCCAAAGAUCCGAGCUACACAGUUUCUCAAUCACAAAGGUAAUACCCAAUUCAGUACUUCAAAACCCACAAAUCAAAAACAUAUGAUUCACAAAAUUCUGUCCGUGGAUUGUGGUUACCAGCUCGCUGGGUUGGAUUUGAGGUCUAUCAAUUCUCAUUUCUUUGGUCAUGGGAGUGCUAUUCAUUUGAGUAAUCAUAGGCCCAGAAGUCAAAAGCACAGAAUGAAGGGCUGUGAGGUGAAUAGAGACUUCACUGUCAGGUCUGCAUCACUGAUGGCGGUGGAUGAAGGGCUGGGAAUAGAGGGGAAUGGAGGGGCAGGUAGUCAGAUGCAGUAUGAUGCCAUAGUUAUUGGUUCUGGGAUUGGAGGGCUGGUGGCCGCAACACAGCUGGCAGUAAAGGGAGCUAGGGUUUUGGUUUUGGAGAAGUAUGUCAUUCCUGGAGGAAGCUCUGGCUUCUAUCAGAGGAAUGGAUACACUUUUGAUGUGGGGUCUUCUGUCAUGUUUGGUUUCAGCGAUAAGGGAAAUCUAAAUUUGAUAACCCAAGCAUUGGCAGCAGUUGGCUGUCAGAUGGAGGUGAUUCCUGAUCCAACCACUGUCCAUUUUCAUCUCCCAAACAACCUUUCUGUCCGAGUACAUAGAGAGUAUGAUGAAUUUAUUGCUGAACUCACCAGUCGAUUUCCCCAUGAAAAGGAAGGGAUCCUCAAAUUCUAUGGUGAAUGUUGGAAGAUCUUCAAUGCUUUAAACUCAUUGGAACUGAAGUCGCUUGAGGAGCCAAUCUACUUGUUUGGGCAGUUCUUUCAGAAGCCUCUUGAAUGCUUGACAUUGGCGUACUUUCUGCCCCAAAAUGCUGGAGCAAUAGCUCGCAAGUAUAUAAAGGAUCCUGAGCUGUUGUCUUUCAUUGAUGCCGAGUGUUUUAUAGUGAGCACAGUUAAUGCUUUGCAGACACCAAUGAUUAAUGCAAGCAUGGUUUUAUGCGAUAGGCAUUUUGGAGGAAUUAACUACCCUGUUGGUGGUGUUGGUGGCAUUGCAAAGUCCUUAGCUAAAGGUCUGAUUGAUCAGGGCAGUGAAAUACUUUACAAGGCAAAUGUGACUAAAAUUAUAAUCGAGCAUGGCAAGGCUGUAGGAGUGAGGCUGUCAGAUGGAAGGGAGUUCUUUGCCAAAACCAUAAUAUCAAAUGCUACUAGAUGGGAUACCUUUGGGAAGCUGUUAAAAGAAGAAAAACUUCCUAAAGAGGAAGAAAAUUUUCAGAAAGUGUAUGUUAAGGCCCCAUCCUUUCUUUCUGUUCACAUGGGUGUUAAAGCUGAUGUUUUGACUCCAGAUACAGAUUGUCACCAUUUUCUGCUGGAGGAUGUUUGGACAAAGUUAGAGCAGCCAUAUGGAAGUAUAUUUUUGAGCAUCCCAACAGUUCUUGAUCCAUCAUUGGCUCCUGAGGGACAUCAUAUUCUUCACAUAUUUACUACUUCUUCCAUAGAAGACUGGGAGGGACUAACUCCAAAGGACUAUGACACAAAGAAGCAGCAUGUGGCAAAUGAGAUAUUAGCUAGAUUGGAGAAGAAACUGUUUCCGGGCCUCAGAUCAUCCAUAACAUUUAUGGAGGUUGGAACUCCAAAGACGCACAGGCGAUACCUGGCUCGUGAUAGCGGUACCUACGGACCAAUGCCACGCAGAACACCUAAGGGCUUAUUGGGAAUGCCAUUCAAUACUACAGGUAUAAAUGGUCUUUACUGUGUGGGGGAUAGCUGCUUUCCUGGACAAGGUGUCAUAGCUGUAGCCUUUUCUGGAGUAAUGUGCGCCCAUCGAGUAGCAGCUGAUAUGGGACUUGAGAAGAAGGCCCCUUUAUUGGAUGAUGCCCUCCUUCGUUUGCUUGGCUGGUUAAGGACAUUGGCAUAAACCAAGUGAAAUUUGGCUGGCCAUUGACGUCAACAUAGUUGGCCAGUUAUUGAACACAAGUAAGCCAAGAGAGGUAACUGGUUGGGUAUUGAAGCCUAUUGGAGGGGAGAUAUGUAUACUAAAGUGUUUGGUAAACCUUUAUGUUUUGACUCUGAUGACAUACCUGAUCUAGAAGGUCUUUGGGGUUAUCACAAUCUGAAUGCCACCAAAGUAAUCCCAAAAUAGUUGCUGUAGCGAGGACUUGGGUGAUUCUCAGCCAGCUAAAGUAGUCAUGCCGCCUUUCUUUGAUUCCUCUACAGGAUAAUAUGGCAUAUUGUUGCCACCAGCUUGCUCCCCAUACUCGCUUUGGUGAAGAAACAUUUGAUUUCACUUCUUCAUCAAGGGGAAUGGGAUCCAUAAGUUUAUUCUUCUCAUUUUCUGCAACUCUUGUGUCAUAUGCCUCCACCAGGUACUGUUUUAAAACAAAGCAUCAGAUAGAAAAAGGCACGUGGCACCUUCCUAUUACGGUCAUACCAGGAGGUAGAAAGGGCAUCUGACUUUGGGACAGUAAACUUAAAAUUGUACUGUUUUGAGCUAUCUAUUUCUUUACCUUCAUGUAGGAUGGUAUAAACUUUGAACCGCAUACAAUGAUUUAUAUUCCACAUAUUAGUAGUAUCCACAGCUAUCAUAUUUCAAUUCAACUAGGAAUUUUUUCCUGAGUCAAAGAUCAAUAUGUAUGAGUAGCUUCCGGUGUUAUGGGUAACAAAGUGGAGCUUUUGGCAAUGCGAUCAUGAUAAAAAUUACUCUUAAGGAUAUGAAAGUUCAAUUAGAAUAUGGUGACCUUUUCUUUCUCUCUUCAUUUUUGAAUAACCGUUCAGAUUUAUUCUUCAACUCUACUAGUUUUUCUACAUCAGGAUAAGUGGUACAUACAAGCACUUGGAAUUUGCUUCAAACUUAUUCUGUAUAUUCCUUGGAAGUUCUUCAAUGUUAAAGAGUGUACCUCAUGCACAACUGCUGGAGAUGGCUUCCCAUGUUGGAUUUCAAUCUCUGAAUUCCCCAUUUGCACUCUGUCCUCUAAUUCAGAUGGUAUGGAGAUAUCAAUGAUGUUUCCAUUGGCCAGGUCAAUCAAGAACUCGGCUGGGUUCAUAGAAAUUAGAGGAUUGCAUCCUAUUGAUGAGAAAUAAGUCAUUGCUUCUGAUGCUUUUCCAAAAUAGAGCAAACUCCCCUUCCCAAGGAGUAUCAACUUGUCAAAUUUGUGGAAGAGUCUACUUGAAGGCUGGUGGAUGGUCGUCACCACUGUUUUCCCUGCCUGCCAUAAGAACAGUGGUGGAGUCCAAGCCAGAGGUUGGCUCGUCAAGAAACAAAAGUGAAGGGUUGAUUAUGAUCUCAUUGCCUAUACAAACCCUUUUCCUCUCUCCUCCUGAUACUCCACGUACGAAAGAGCCACCAAUCAUAGUGUCUUGGCACCUGUGGAGAUCAGUAUUUCUCUUACUCAGUAGCUUUUCAAUACUGCUGAUGAAUGAAGAAGUUGGAAGUUGCUGCUCAGCUUGAUUUAAAUAUCUUUUGCAGUUCAGUUUCUGUCAAUUUACAUGACUCAGAGAAGUCUAAAAAUCUAUAUAAAGUUGACUUGGUUAAUUUACACUUGAAUGACUAUUUGUAGACAAGUCUAGUCAUCUUUUUUCCGAAUGCCUGUUGAGUCAUGAAAGUUUCCACACUGAGGAGACCAUCACUAUCUUGAGACAAAUAUGCAGAGACUUACUAUUAUGUGUUGCUGA